CCACUCUUUCUCUCUCUCUCUCUCUCAAUCUUUGGUUUGCUAUAAUGGCCGGAAGAGAGGGGAGCUGGGUUUUUUAAUUUGUUUUCUCUCUCUAAAACCUGGUUUCGGAUUGGUUUUCUGGUUUUUCUUUGGUGGAUUGUUUUGUGAUUUGAGGGUCAAAAUCUAGAGAGAGAAAGUUUCGUUUCUUUUGUGGUUUCUUGAGUUGAGGAAUGAUGAUGGCCAGGGAUUUUGGAACAGAGGAGAUGGAAAGAGAAGAUGGGGUAGAGCUGAGUCUGGGAUUAUCCAUUGGGGGAAGUUUCAGGAGAUCGCAGGAGAAGGUUGGGUUUAAUGGAGCAUGUAAUUCGGAUCUCAAGAUUACAGAGACUAAAGAGAGAGAAAGUGUUGUUCAUGGUGGGGAGAGAGAAACUGGUGUUAUUCCGAAUGGGUUCUCUGUGUUUAAUGCCUUUGAGAACAGAGAAGGUGGGAGCGAGUUGAUGGAGCAACAGAGGAAGAGAGAGAUGCAUGCUCUGAGAAGACAGGAAGCGAGAAAGAAGAGGGAGGAGAAGCAACAAAAAAAGGGGUUUCCGAAGGUCAGUAAUGGAGUUUCUUUAGAGGAUAGGUCGACCCUUGAAGCUCAAGAGCUCGCUUGCAGAGUCAAGGAUAGACAGGUUAGAGAGAGAGAGCUGGGUCGAUCUGAGAGAAAAUCGGUUUUACAGAAGGAGGAAGAGGAAGAAGGUAGAGAGAGGAAGUGCGGUUCGGAAAAGCAAAACCUAACCCUAAACAUAAACCAACAGGAAAACAAUCCUUGCGGAUAUGCCCCACCUGCUGGUUUCCCUGUUUACCCAUUUCAGUUUAUCCCCAAUAGCCAUCACCACCAUGUUCAAUACUUGCCCUUUGCUAAUGGGUUCUCUUUCCCUUAUGUGAUGCCUUGUUGGACCCCUGUUGCUCCUGGUUCUGGGAAUCCUAACCAUAACCCUAAUUCUCAAGAUGGCGGUAGCUCCAAUGGCUCUGGUACAGUUUUUCAGCCCAUUCCUUGUCGGAGUAUCCCUCACCCUAACCCUAAUUCUUCAAGUGAGGAGUCUAAGAAAAGUGGAAAGGAUGGGGUAAAGCAAGAGCUCUCUUCUAUUGCAUCACAAGGCAGUGGCUCUGCAAUCUCGGACUAUGAAAGUGGAUCUCCACAAGGUGGGAGCAGCAGUGAUAUGAGAAGCAAUUCAAGCCAUUCUCAUUCUGACAGAGGUCCAAACAUUCGUUCACUUUCCAACCAAAUUCCAGCCAAUGGGUCAUCUCACCCAUCAGCCAUAUCAGAGCCAAGCACCUCUUCUCAUAAAGUAGCAGAGGAAGCCCCCGACAAAAGUUCAGCCCACUCAAGCCCGGGAAAGGCUCAAAGCCUCAAACCCGAACCCGAUUUGGGGUCAAUUACUCAACCCCAGAUCCCUGAAUCGAAACCCAUUGAACCCAUUUCCAGCUCAGCUCAGGGAACCUUGAAGACAAGACCCGAACCCAAUUUGGGCUUAGUCAUUCAGACCAAGCAAUGUGAGAGAAUUAAUGGACAAGAGAAGAAGGUGGCUUUGCCACAUAUGCCAUGUGUUUCUGCCACUGGUGAUGGGCCUGAUGGGAAAACGAUAAAUGGUUUCUUAUAUAGAUACACAAAGGGAGAGAUCAGCAUUGUGUGUGUGUGCCAUGGUAGCUUUCUCAGCCCUGCUGAGUUUGUGAGGCAUGCAGGGGUCACUGAUGUCUCGCAGCCACUUAAGCACAUUAUCAUGGCUCCGACCACAUUUGGAUGAGAGAGAAACAAGAUCUCAGACAUGAAAAAGGAAAAAGGUUGGUUUUUUUUUCUACUGAUGAAAAGAAAGAUUGAUGCAGGCAAGAAGAUGAAGGAAAUUGGGUUUUGGUCAGAUAAGAAGAAGAGAGAGAUGAUUAUUGGCAAAGAAGGGGAGAAGAAGAAUAGUUUUUGUUUGAUUAAGACAGAGAAACAUAGUUAUUGAUAAACAAAGGAAGAAGAAAACUGGUUUUGGUUUGAUGAUGAGAGAUGAUAGAGGCAGAAGAGGCAUUUAUCUAUCUAUUUUAACAACACAAUUGAAUUUGAUAGAGAGCAACUGUACAUGACUCUUCCUGGCAACCAGGCAGAAGGAAGAUUUCUUUUUUUUUUUUUGUUUGGUUCACAUGUAUAGAUCAGGGCAUAACUUUUGAUUUCCUUUCUGGUUUUUUAUCGUCUUUUGGCGGUCCUGUUUUGUCUUGACAACAACAAUAUAUUGAUAUCCUUCCAUUUGUUU